AUGGGGCUGCUCGCUGAAUCACGGACGCGCCGGCGAAUCCAAAACGAUCCCAACAACACAAAAUGGACGCGCGACACCACCACGUUUGGCCAGAAGAUGCUGCGGUCGCAAGGCUGGGAGCCUGGCCAGUUCCUCGGCGCCAAGGACGCGGCGCACUCCGAGUUCCACACCGCCGCCAAUGCGUCGUACAUCCGGGUGUCGCUCAAGGAUGACAUGAAGGGCCUCGGGUUCACCAAGUCGAAAGAGGACGAAGUGACGGGCCUCGACGUCUUUUCAGAUCUGCUUAGUCGCCUCAACGGAAAGUCCGAGGCGGAAGUGGAAGAGAAGAGGCAGGCCAGGCUGGAGGUCAAGAUGCACCAGUAUGUGGAGAACAAAUGGGGCCCCAUGCGAUUUGUUCGCGGAGGCUUGCUGGUCGGCGAUGCGAUGCAGGAGAAUGGCGACUCGAAAGACAGCUCAUCAGACAGCUCUUCAUCGGAGGAUGAAAAGAUACCCACGGCUGCUGACGAGACGAAGAAGGACAAGUCCAAGAAGAGAAAGGCUGCAGCUCUGAAGGACGAGGAUGAGAUGUCUGUGGAUGACGAGGAGGACGACAAGAAGAAGAAGAAACAGCGAAAGGAGGAGCGGAGGGCUAAGAAGCUGGCCAAGGCUGAGUCAAGUCAGUCCAGCGACUCAGAAAAGGCCAGAAAGAAGGAGAAGAAGAAGGAGAAGAAGGAAAAGAAGAAGUCCAAGAAGGACAAAGCUCUGAUCGAGAAGGAGGCCAGCGAGGGUGUCACGGAAUCAGACGAUGUGCCGAAUACCUCAUCACCAAACAGCGCUUCCGAAAAGAUAAAGAAGUCCAAGAAGGAGAAGAAGGAAAAGAAAGAAAAGAAGGAGAAAAGGGACAAGAAGGAGAAAAAAGAGAAGAAGAGCAAGGACAAGACCGACGCAGUCCCUCCAGUCUCAUCUACCGCAAACUCACGCUCCGGAACGGCCACUCCCGUCACCACCGGCACAUCAACACCCACGGCCAGAGGCGCCUUCAUCACGCCAAGGUCCCGAUUUAUCGCGCAGAAGAAGGCUGCGUUCAUGGAUGCCCAAGCGUUAAAUCAGAUUUUCAUGGUGAAGGCGUAA